ACAAAUAAAGCUUCUCACUUGUCUUAGUAAUCCAAAACCCACGAAAUUUCCAAGCCCCUUUUUCCAAAUUGUCUCAUUUAUUUAAUUUUUUAUUUGGGUAUUUUUUUUACAUUUAAUAAAGAUAUUUUGGGGGUUUUUGAUAAUAAAACAUGUGAUUAUUCCAAAAUUAUACCAAUCUCCCUAAAUCCAACAAAACACCCCCAUUUCUCCAUCUCUCUCUCUUCUUUUUGCAAACAUACUUUCCCACCACUUUUUUCUCACCAGCUCCCCAUCUCAUUACGCUUAAUCACAUCACUAAUCCAGAUCUCAUGCAUCAUUAAUUACCCUCUUAAUUCAUUGAUUUUGGAGCUUGCAUCAUUAAUUAAUUGAUCCAUGCUGCUUCAACCUUAACUCAUGAGCUCCAAAACUCCCAAAAAGAGAAAAAGGGUACCAAUUGGGAAGAUGGAAGAUGGAAUUCAUCAAUUGGCUAAAUCAAUAAGAAAAAGAUUUGAUGAAUUACCCCCUCUUUCUUCCAAAUGUUGCAUCUAUAGAGUCCCUAGAACACUAAGAAAUGUCAAUUUAAGUGCCUAUAAACCUUGGCUUAUUUCAAUUGGGCCCCUCCAUUAUGGCACGAAAAGUUUACAAGGGUUACAAGAGCAAAAAUUAAGGUAUCUCCAAAACUUUCUUAGGAGAAAUGAGGAGAAAACACUUAAAGACUAUCUUAAAGCUAUAAAAGAAUGGGAGAUUGAUGCAAGGGAGUGCUACAUUGAGAAUAUUACUUUGAGUAGUGAUGAGUUUGUGGAAAUGAUGUUACUUGACUCUUGUUUUAUUAUCGAGUUUUUCUUGAAUUGGUAUUGGGAGACGUUGGAUGAGGAUGACCGUAUUUUUGGUAAGCCGUCCUUGGAACAUGUUAUUAGGCGCGACUUAUUGUUAGUCGAGAAUCAACUCCCAUUUUUCGUCCUAGAAAAUUUAUAUGAUCUCGUCUUUGAAGACGAUGAUGAGUCUUCUGAGAGCUCUAUCCCUUUCAGUGACCUUACUUCCGAGGUUUUAAUAGGGAAAAGAGAGCUUCCGAAGAGGUUCAAAAGGCGUGAAAUCUUACAUUUUGUUGAUUUCUUGAGAACUUAUUUUCUCCCUAGAGUUGUUAGAGACCCAAAUUACGUCCCAUCACGUGUUGACGCGUGUUGGGAGUUUCCUCCCGGUGUAGGGGAUCUCCAUGACGCAGGGGUGAAAUUUGUAGUAAAUAGAAGUGAUUCUUUGCUUGAUAUAGAGUUCAAAGACGGGGUUUUGUACAUUCCGAAAUUAGAGGUGGAAGAUCAUACAGAGUCUAUUCUGUUAAACUUAUCAGUGUUUGAGCAAUGCCAUUACCAUUCCGAUUCCUACAUUGUGGAUUAUAUCCUUUUGAUGGAUGUACUGAUUACUACACUUAAGGAUGUUGAUAUUCUUCUAAGUAGUGGGAUUAUAACAAAUGCGUUGGGCAACAAUGAAGAGGUUGCUCACCUGUUUAACACCAUUUGCAGAGAAACAAACUAUGAAGCUCACAAAUUCUAUUACACUGAUAUAUGUAGGCGACUGGUUGCGCAUUCAAAAGCGCCUUGGAAUAGAUGGAAGGCUACUUUGAAACAUGAUUACUUCAACAAUCCUUGGACUAUCAUUUCAGUAAUUGCUGCUAUUGUAUUGCUUAUUCUUACUGUCGUACAAACUGCUUGUACUGUUAUUGCUUUUAAACGUCACUGAUGUAUCUUCUUGCACUCUUUACACAGGGAGUUUUUACUGCAUUGCUGGACAUGUAUAUGUCAACAAACUUUUAGUACAAUCAUGUUUGGUCAUUGUUCCUAGAGACUCAUCUUUUCCCUUGUUUCCUUUAUUGUUAUCACUGUAAAAUAUGGUUUUAUAUGGGCGGGUGGGUUUUUGAGUAUUUGUUUAACAAGGCUGCAGGAUUAGUUGAGUUGAGAAGAAGAACAACUGAACAAGGCUAUGGCUAUGAUAUUGUAUGAUCCAAUAAUGUCAUUGGUUGCUGACUCCUAUAGUUUCUUCCAAUGAGAAGGGGAAGGGUGGCUGAUUUGGGAGGCAGGGCUGGUGGCAGCAGGCGUUGGAGGGUGAAUUACUUAAUUUUCAAAAGAAAUACAUGUUGCCUAGGAAGAAGACCAACUUGAGAGAUAUAGCCUCUCAGUCCUGAAUUAUGGGUGUUUGAGCAAUGCCGAUAAGUUAAUAGAAGCGAUUUUUUGGUUGAUAAAGAGUUGAAAGAUGAAGUUAAUUUCCCUAAGUUAGAGGAGGGAAACAUACUAUUCUCCUAAAUUUAUCAGUGUCUGAGAAAUGUCGUUAUACUUCAGAUUCUUACAUUGUGGAUUAUGUCCUUUGAUGGAUGUCCUAAUACUACUACCCUGAGGAAGUGUCCCAUCUGUGGAACAAACUAAUCAGUUCAUAAUCAUAUAGCUAACUAGAUUAUAAUCAGGAUAUGAUAUUCUUCUAAGCAGUGGGAUCAUAUCAAGUUCCCUAGGCAACAAUGGUGCGGUGGUCUACCUGUUUCAAUCCAUCUGCAGAGAAACAAACUAUGAAGCUCACUCAGACGAUCCUUUGGACUAUUAUUACUACUUCAGUCAUUGCCUGCUAUUGUAUUGCUCGUUCUUACUGUCGUACAAAUUGCUUGUACUGUUAUUGCUUUUAAACUGUUUGUGUUCUAUCGUCUUUACAUACAA